GGAUGAACUCGGACAACGAAAUAUAAUGAACAAAAAAUAUUUGGGGACAAAGUUAGGCCUAUUAUAUCAUGAGAGUUACUCGCCUUGGCCCAACAGCAAAUCCUGGUCAAGAGACAGGACAGUACUUGACACUUGUACUAACUCCACGUGUCACUUCCCCGAAUUUCGACAACUCGCCACGUACUUGUAUGAUGAAGACCAGAGAAUGAAACAGAAACUGAAAGCGCCUGAAUAAAAGCGCAAACGCAUGGAUCGCCGUUCAUCCGCAAAGCCAGUAAUUAAUUAAUUGCUGAAAGAAUUUAUUAAGAAAUAAAAAUGGCGACGACGGGGUCGAAGAUGAACACAGUAUUUGCUUACACGGUGGUGUACGUGAAGGACGUUGCUAAAUCCACAGCCUUCUACUCCAAAGCCUUCGGCUACAACAUUCGUCGUAUAGACGACUCCAACAGAUGGGGGGAGUUAGAAAGUGGGCAAACGACGAUAGCGUUCACGCCGGUGCACCAGCACGAGACGGAUGAUCUGACGGGUGCAGUUAAAACCCCAAGCUCUGGCCGUGAGAGGCAGCCGGUUGAGGUUUGCUUUGCCUACCCUGACGUUGAUGCUGCCUACAAAAGGGCGCUAGAGAAUGGGGCGGUGGCGGUGAGUGAGCCAGAAGAGAAGGAGUGGGGACAGAAAGUGGGGUAUGUACGAGAUCCUGAUGGGAUCGUGGUCAGGUUGGGAAGCUACGUCAACCCACCAACAGCAAAGUAGGAUUCACAAUCUUAAUCUUUCCUUCCUGCGGCCGCUGCUGCAAAUUAAUAAGGACACAGCUAGCUAGUUCCAUGGGUGCCCAUGAAUGAAGAAUAAAUGAGCUAGAAAUAGUAUUUUCCCAGAUUUGAGUACAAAUUUGAGAUAAAUAUGAGUAAAAGGUUAAUUUACUUCCUACUUCUAGCUACU